AUGGACUCCGCCAGCGCUAUACCUCAGCCAAAAGAGCAUGUCAAGGAAGAAGCUUACACCAAGUCAAAGGUCUUUGGAUGGGUGCUCCCUCGCCAGAUAAGCAGUUUGGCCGAUGAAGGCACCUGGACCAAUAUUGAUGCCAAUUUUACACCUAUCAAACGCCGGACAUGCUCAUCCAUGACUGUGUUAGGCCUCUGGUUUAGUGACGCCCUGAAUGCUCAGGGUGGGAAGGCCCCAGUUCCCUACGACUGCAACUACAUGUAUGCCUUUGUCAGUGGACCAUUUAUAUAUUCAAUUCUAAGUAAGGUCUUUCCUGCAAAGAAUACGCUUAUCGCGGGCACAAACUAUAAGGAUCCAGCUAUUUUGGACUCAGUGGAGAACCAUGAGGCUCACAAAGUAUUUGCAGAGAUAGAGGAGAAGGGGCCACUUACAUGUACUGAAAACCUUUCAUCUGAGGGAUUGGUACAAAAAUGGUAUGGAAGAUUUUAUUUCAUACAAGGAAUUCCAGGUGCCCCCGGUCAGAAUAAGUACGGCGACCCAAACUCGGCGCAAUUUUUGGGAGAAUUGCGGUUAAAGAGUGUUAGAUUGAGUCGUUCUAUAUUCAUGGUGUCAGGGAAGUGA